AUGUCUAUGUUCUCACCCAACAUAGAAUGUUCUCUUUAUAGUGAUUGUCCAUUGUCACAACAAUCAUCAAGAUGGUUAGAUGUGUUUUCUGAUGAUAUGUGUGUUAAUAUCACAUCAAUAGAACCAAUGACUAGUAUUGCCAUUACAGUCCGGAAUCAGAUCGCUCUCAGUGUUACUGAGCUACCCGAUGAACAUGAUAUAACCCCUGCUUAUCAUUGUAUGUUUGGAAUCAGAUUUAUAACACCUGCUGAUCAAGCUGGAAAUGUCUUGACCUGUGAUACACCGCCUACCGACAUGAGACCCAAUAUACAAAAUGGACAAGAUUCCGUAGCAGUACAACUUUCUGUAAAAAGUGUGGAAACAACUAAAGAGUUUGUACAUACUGAAUUCUAUUUUUUCGAUUGCUCUGCCCACAACUCAUGCACAGAGUGUGUUAGCAGUAACUGGGCAUGUGAUUGGUGUGUAUAUGAAAACAAAUGUACACAUGUAAGUAGUAUAUGUGCUGAGGAUGACAGUUCCACAAUUGUUGUAGGCGAAAAUAAUAUAUUUGGUAGUAGUGGGAGAAGAGGGCGUCAUUACUGUCCUUAUAUUGAGCAACAAAGUGAUAAAGUUCUAGUUCAUGUUGGUUUGACAGUAUCGCUUGUAGUGAAGGCAUUCAAUAUUCCGGAUUUGAAGUACCACUAUAUUGCUGAUACCCAGGAGUUGAACGUGAGUUUAAUUGUACAAUGGAAUGAUAACUAUAUCAUUGAUGAUAUAUAUGGAUACAUAGUAACAUUGUAUGAUUGUAGUGUUGGUCGUCUUGACUGCAAUGAAUGCUUAUCUACUGUAACAAGUAGAGAGGAACUACAAUGUGGUUGGUGUGUUAGUUAUAAUUCCUGUCAGAUUGAACAGCAUUGUGAUUAUGAUUGGUUGCCACAAGAUACAACUCACAACUGUGAUGACCCUGUUAUCCACGAGAUUUGGCCGUCUUCUGGUUCAUUUGAAGGUGGAACGGACAUCGUCAUUAGCGGUAGCAAUUUGGGAAAGACGUACUCCCACAUUGACAAUGUCCACAUUGGAGGUCGUAACUGCGUGUUAGUUGAAGACAAAUACACUGUUUCUAGAAGUGUUGAAUGCACAACAGAUUCUGCAGAUGUCGAUAUGUCUGGUAAGAUCAGUGUAAUAGUUAUUGGUAAUGAUGGAACGCUACAAACUGGAGUAUCUGGAAGCUCAAUACAGUUCACAUGGAGGAAACAAAUUCCAAGUGAUUUUAUUCCCAAGAUUGGUCCAAAAGCUGGAGGUACUAGAAUAGUGAUAACUGGAAAAUAUAUGAAUGCUGGAAGGAAUAUAACAGCAUAUAUCGAUGGAGCACUGUGCACAGUUAAAAGUGAUUUAGUGAAUAGUACAAGUAUUGCAUGCAUAUCCCCACCACAUCAACAAACAGAUAGUGCAACGAUUACAGUGUAUUUCGAUGGCGCUGCACGGCCAAUUAAUGGAAUAACAUAUGAAUACACAGAAAAUCCUACAGUACUCAGUAUUUCAAAAGAGGAAAGUAUGUUCAGUGGUGGUCGACAAGUUAGUGUAUAUGGAACUAAUUUUGGUUCAAUUCAGGAGCCCAAACUAAUAAUUUACAUAUAUCAAGAAGCCUAUACAUCAGAUCCAUGUGAAGUAUUGUUCGAUACCAGUAUGAUAUGCAUAACUCCAUAUGUACCAUAUCCACCAUCAACACAACUCAAUAAAAUGAGAUCAGAUGAGUCAUCACAAUCUAAAAGAUCGACAUGCGAUGGUACCUGUGUAGAUGUGACAAUAGGAUUUAUAAUGGACAGUGUACAUGAGUUACGCAGUCUACCCCAGUUAUAUUUCAAAAUGUACAUGAACCCAGUUUAUUUCAGAUUCGAGAAUGAAGGACACAUCAACCACUUUGAAGGAGAGCAAAUCUAUAUCAAGGGAAUGAACCUCGAUCUUGCCAGUACGAGUGAUGAAGUGACUGUAUACAUUGGAACUGAGAUAUGUAAUGUAACAAGUAUUGGUAAUACUAUACUAUACUGCAUACCUCCUGAAUCACAGCCCAGAGGCGUAGAUAUUAAUGGCACCGCAACUAAUAACAAUUUACCUGAAGUGAUGGUUGUUGUUGGGAACCUUGAAUUCUUCAUUGGAUAUUUGUCUUAUAUAGACCAGACGUCUAGUGCUAAUAUCAUUCUUAUUGUAGUCAGUCUAUCUAUUGUCGCAUCUUUACUAUUGAUUGUAAUCGUAGUAAUUAUCAUGUAUAAGCAUCAACAUAAUAGCAGAGAAAGAAGAAUCAGUGACUUGCGAACAAAUGUCCUGAACAUGGACAGUAAACAUUAA